UUAGAGCAACUUGGAGUGAGUGAAAAGACGGAGAAAAAGGUUGAGAAACAACAUGCUUUUACUCGAUCCACAAGAAAGAAUCAUGUCUGUAUUGUGUGUGGAAAUGCAAGACAUGGAGAUAAAAUAUUCUUCUGCAAACAGUUCAAAGAAAUGAAUGUACCUGAAAAGCUCAACAUUGUAAAGACAUUGAAAACAUGCAAAAGGUGUUUGAGAAAGCAUGAAGACGAUGCUGGAUGCAUCAACACUUACCUUUGUAGAAACAAAGACUGUAAGAAAGGGAGCUUUUCAGAUCACCAUUUCCUCCUUUGCCCAAAGGGUGAGCUUACAAGGGUUGGGAUUGAUAAACCAAGAAGGAAAAAUAGACUAACAGAAGAGCAGGAGAAAUUCAUAGCUGGACUUUCACCAGAACUAGCAGAAGAAUGCAGAAAAGCCUUUUCAAAUGUAACUGCUUCAACAAGAAACACAAAGUGUAAAGUCCCUGGGCUUAUGGAGUCACAUGGACUAAAGAAGCAACAUGUCAUUCUAAUGCUGUUGGAAGUCACUGCAAAUGCAGGCCAGAAAAUUGGCACUUUGUUUGACUUGGCUUCUGAUACCAAUUACAUUACUCAUCAAGCAGCUAAAAGGUUGAACCUAGAAGGUGAGAACAUAACAUUAGUUGUUCAUGGUGUUGGGGGAAUGUCAGUCAAAGUAAGAACAAAACGAUACCUGUUAAAAGUUAGAGUCAAAACCCCCAAAGGCACAGUGAAAGCCCACCAGCUCAUUUGUUAUGGACUCAGUGAAAUUGCUAAAGUGCAUAAAGUCAUUCAACCACUGCAGCUGCAAAAGUUUUUCCCAGAUGUUGACCUGGAAGACCUCAAAAGACCAGAUACCAUUGAGCUGCUAAUAAGUCACAGAGAAGGCAGACUGGCCCCUCAAAGAGUCAAGGUUGUUGGAGACCUGGUCCUGUGGAACAGUCCACUAGGCAUGACCGUGGGAGGAGCUCAUCCGGACCUUUGUGAAGAUGUCGACGUGGCAGCACACAGGUUCAGAAGGGGACUGCAUGCUGCCUUGGGAGACAUUAAAAAGAUGUAUAACUCUGUGUGGCUUGAGGACCUGGAGAGACAUCUACACAGGUUCCUCUGGAGAGACAGCUCAGAAGAGGAGAUCGGUGAGUUUGCCAUUACCAGAGUUAACAUUGGGGAUCGACCUGCUGGAUGUAUUGCCCAAGUAGCAAUGCGAGAGACAGCAAAACUGCCCAUGUUUGACAGCUGUAAAGAGGAGCGGAGGAUCCUGGAAGAAGACUGUUAUGUUGAUGACAUCUUAACAUCUGACAAUGACCCAGAACUUUUGCACAAACACACUAAGAAGGUGGAAGAGAUCUUACAAGCUGGGGGAUUCUUUUUGAAACCAUGGGUCCUAUCAGGUCAAAGUGGGAGGCAAAAAAUGUCCUUACCUAGCAGGGAAAAAAUCCUUACACUCCCUAAUCAGUUGAAAGAAGAUGAUAAUAAGGCUUUGGGAGUGGGAUAUGUUGGAGGAGGAUAAAUUAUAUGUGAUGACAUCAAUCAACUUCUCAAAAAGAAGGAAGCAAGUCACAUGGGAGCCACAGGAGGUGUGAAAACCUUUGAUAACCCUGUGAGGACAGAGAAAACCACAGAGCACACAGGAUUCUGGCUCUUUUGCCUCUUCUCUUUCUCCCUCUUCUGCUCCAGCACCUCUCUCCUGGUCCCUUCUGCUCCUGCGCUCAAAGCUGGGGCCCACUGUGGCCCACAGUGGAGGUGCGGGUCCCAGGGGAACCAGAUCCCCAGAACCAUCGAGGAUAAGUCGAAC